ACAAACUCAAAGCAGUCAACUGUCUGCAACCUCGUGCUAAAUUUUCAUCGCUUGUACUUCUGCUUGAGAAACUGCAGAUUCGAUUGCAGGAAAAAGAAAAAGGAAAACAACGUUUGUUACCGGAAAACGAUGCCGGAGGAGACGACGGCGAUUGAUUACGUGAUGGAGGCAGCGUCGGGCCCACACUUCUCCGGACUUCGCCUCGACGGCCUCCUCUCUGCCGCAUCUUCACCUCGCUCUUCCAAUCAAACUCCUACUGCCUUUGCUUCCUCUUUCACUCCUCCUCCCGAUUUCUCCGGCCACAAACAGCCCUUCGUCAUCGGAGUUUCCGGAGGUACUGCCUCUGGGAAGACAACAGUGUGCGACAUGAUUAUUCAACAGUUACAUGAUCAUCGCGUUGUUCUUGUCAAUCAGGAUUCCUUCUACCGUGGUUUAAACUCUGAAGAGUUAAAACGUGUCCAUGAGUAUAACUUUGAUCAUCCAGACGCGUUUGACACUGAGCAACUUUUGGAGUGCGUUGGAAAGCUCAAAGCUGGCCAGUCUGUCCAAGUUCCAAUAUAUGAUUUCAAAACACACCAAAGAUGUUCUGAUAGCUUCCGUCAGGUAAAUGCAUCUGAUGUAAUCAUCUUGGAGGGCAUACUUGUUUUUCAUGACUCACGUGUCCGCAAUUUGAUGAAUAUGAAGAUUUUUGUAGAUACAGAUGCUGAUGUAAGACUUGCUCGCCGAAUAAGACGUGAUACUGUUGAGAGGGGCAGGGAUCUUAACUCUGUUCUUGAACAGUAUGCAAAGUUUGUCAAGCCUGCUUUUGAUGAUUUUGUUCUCCCCUCAAAGAAAUAUGCUGAUGUUAUCAUACCCAGGGGAGGUGAUAAUCAUGUUGCUAUUGAUUUGAUUGUCCAACAUAUUCGGACAAAGCUUGGUCAACAUGAUCUCUGCAAAAUAUAUCCAAAUGUAUAUGUUAUUAACUCAACUUUCCAGAUAAGAGGUAUGCACACCCUGAUCCGAGAUAGGGACAUCUCCAAACAUGACUUUGUUUUUUAUUCUGACCGGCUUAUACGUUUGGUUGUGGAGAAUGGUCUUGGCCACUUACCCUUCACUGAGAAGCAAGUAAUCACUCCAACAGAGUCGGUAUAUACUGGUGUAGACUUUUGCAAGAAACUAUGUGGAGUGUCUAUUGUUCGAAGUGGUGAAAGUAUGGAAAAUGCGUUGCGUGCUUGUUGCAAGGGUAUAAAAAUUGGGAAAAUUCUGAUCCACCGUGAUGGUGACAAUGGGAAACAGCUUAUCUACGAAAAACUUCCAAAAGAUAUAUCAGAGCGCCAUGUCCUGCUUCUCGACCCUGUUCUUGCUACAGGUAACUCUGCUAACCAGGCCAUAGAGUUGCUCAUACAGAAAGGAGUUCCAGAAGCCCAUAUAUUAUUCUUAAACCUCAUAUCUGCACCGGAGGGUAUACAUUGUGUUAGCAAACGUUUCCCAUCGCUGAAAAUCAUCACAUCUGAGAUUGACCUUGCUAUAAAUGAAGAAUUCCGCGUUGUACCCGGAAUGGGAGAGUUUGGUGAUAGAUACUUUGGGACAGAUGAUGAUUGAGAGCUCUUUCUCUUUUAGCAUGGCCUGUAAGAAACUUGAUCUCAUCAUUUAUGUAUUCUGGUUAUUGAUCACGGUGUCUGUCUUAUUCAAGCCUAUUAUUAAUCUUAGGCAGGGCAUGUGAUUUUGUGAAUUUCUCAGACUUGUGAUUGAUUUAAUGGGGACUUUCUUUAUUCCCUUGUGGUUUUCGGCU